ACCUUUACUUUGUCAAUUUCUGCGCCUUCAUUGAAUUGCGCUGCGAGAGCUCUUAUCGAUCCGCGCGCCCUGCAGCAAUCUCAGCACGACAAGAUACACUACUGUACCUUAACAAAUGACAAACACAUCAUCUGAUCGCUUUAUCAUCAAACGAGUGGACAGUAUCUGCACUUAAACUGCAUGAAGUGUGAACCAACACCGUGGGACAGAGAUUUCCCGUCGUACAACCUGCACUUCUCCGUAGUUGGCUACUAUUCGUAUUAAUUUCCAACUUCUCUUAAUCCGCCGAGGACGAAACACAGCGAUGUUCGGACUUCAGGACGCUCAUCAGAGUUGCAUUUCCUCAUCUUAUUGCUGAAUUUCGACAGAUAGGUGUACCGCAAACGGCAACUAGAAGGAUUAAAACAGAUUUGUGGUUUUUGCGAAAGGAAAUUAAAAUGCCGGAUCAGAUCACAGUUGCAGAGUUUGUGGCGGAGACUAAUGAAGAUUAUAAAUCGCCCACCGCCUCAAACUUCACCACCAAAAUGACUCACUGCAGAAAUACCGUAGCAGCACUCGAGGAGGCACUGGAUGUCGACCGCAGUGUUCUUUACAAGAUGAAGAAGUCAGUUAAGGCCAUCUACACCUCUGGUUUGGCUCACGUGGAGAACGAGGAGCAGUACACCCAAGCUCUGGAGAAGUUUGGAGAGAACUGUGUCUACAGGGAUGACCCUGACCUGGGAUCAGCCUUCCUCAAGUUCUCAGUCUUCACCAAGGAGCUUACAGCCCUCUUCAAGAACCUGUUUCAGAACAUGAAUAACAUCAUUACCUUUCCGUUGGACAGUCUGCUGAAGGGAGAUCUGAAAGGGGUUAAAGGGGAUCUGAAGAAGCCCUUUGAUAAAGCCUGGAAAGACUAUGAGACUAAAGUCUGCAAGGGACAUUCUAUUCUGAAAGGGCAGAAAGAAGCGAAACCCUCCUCUAAUGCGGCACUGGCCCUGACUCCGUUAAACUGGUUUUCGUCGUCACCACCGAUACAUUCUAAAAUAGAGAAGGAGAAGAAAGAGCACGCCCGACAGCAUGGAAUGAUCCGGACGGAGAUCAGCGGAGCCGAGAUAGCCGAGGAGAUGGAGAAAGAGCGGCGGUUUUUCCAGCUUCAGAUGUGUGAGUACCUUCUCAAAGUCAACGAAAUAAAGAUCAAGAAGGGGGUCGACCUGCUGCAGAAUCUCAUCAAAUACUUUCAUGCACAGUGCAAUUUCUUUCAGGAUGGUCUAAAAGCAGUGGACAACCUAAAACCCUCAAUAGAAAAACUCGCUACAGACUUGCAUUCGAUCAAACAGGUGCAGGAUGAAGAGCGCAAACAGUUAACCCAGUUACGGGACGUUCUGAAGACAGCUCUGCAGGUGGAGCAGAAGGAGGACUCGCAGGUUAGGCAGAGCACCACCUACAGUCUUCACCAGCCCCAGGGAAACAAAGAACACGGGACAGAACGCAGCGGGAAUCUUUACAAAAAGAGUGAUGGGCUACGGAAAGUUUGGCAGAAGAGAAAAUGCACAGUGAAGAAUGGUUAUUUGACAAUCUCACAUGGGACGGCUAACAGACCUCCUGCCAAACUCAAUCUUCUUACCUGUCAGGUGAAGCACAACCCAGAGGAGAAGAAGAGUUUUGACCUCAUCUCUCAUGACAGAACAUAUCAUUUCCAGGCAGAAGAUGAGCCGGAGUGUCAAAUAUGGAUCUCAGUGUUGCAAAACAGCAAAGAGGAGGCACUCAAUAACGCUUUUAAGGGUGACCAGCACGUCGGCGAGAACAACAUCGUCCAGGAGCUCACCAAGGCCAUCCUGGGUGAGGUCAAGCGGAUGGCCGGCAACGACGUCUGCUGUGACUGCGGAGCUCCCGGUCCAACGUGGCUGUCCACCAACCUGGGCAUCCUGACGUGCAUCGAGUGUUCUGGGAUCCACCGUGAGUUGGGCGUGCACUACUCCAGAAUCCAGUCUUUAACGCUAGAUGUCCUCAGCACCUCUGAACUCUUGCUGGCCAAGAACGUGGGGAACGCUGGGUUUAAUGAGAUCAUGGAGGCUUGUUUGACGGCGGAAGAUGUGAUCAAACCAAAUCCGUCCAGUGACAUGCAGGCGAGGAAAGACUUCAUCCUGGCAAAAUACACAGAGAAACGGUUCGCUCGAAAGAAGUGUCCCGAUGGUCUUUCCAAACUCCACACGUUGUGUGACGCAGUGAAAGCCCGAGAUAUUUUCUCCCUGAUCCAGGUCUACGCUGAGGGGGUGGAUCUAAUGGAGCCUAUUCCUCUGGCCAAUGGACAUGAACAAGGCGAGACAGCUCUUCAUCUGGCCGUCAGACUGGUGGACAGGACCUCCCUUCAUAUCGUGGACUUCCUCACCCAAAACAGUUUGAACCUGGAUAAGCAAACGGUUAAAGGAAGCUCAGCGCUGCAUUACUGCUGCUUGACGGACAACAGUGAGUGUCUUAAACUGCUGCUGAGAGGAAAGGCCUCUAUAGAUAUUGCUAAUGAGGCAGGCGAGACCCCGCUUGACAUCGCCAGGCGACUCAAACAUAUACAGUGCGAGGAAUUGCUGAACCAGGCGCUUGCGGGGAAGUUCAACGCUCAUGUACACGUAGAGUACGAGUGGAGGCUUCAACAUGAGGACCUGGAUGAAAGUGAUGAAGAUCUAGAUGAGAAGUCAAGCCCUCACAGACGGGAUGAAAGACCCAUCAGCUGCUACACACCAGGAAGUAAUUCUCUUCAGCCCAGCACAUCCAGUCUGGUCAAAGAUAAGCAGCGGAGCUUCAUACCCAACCUGGUCAACAAUGAGACUUAUGGAACCAUCAUCAACACCAACUCACCCGUCACUUUGUCCAGCUCCGCUCCACCUCUACCACCUCGAAAUAUAGGUCAGCCGUCUGGUCUUCCUGGAAUUGCUCAGGGCUCACCUGGUUGGAAACCUGGGACUUUGGAUCUGACAGGCAGGCAGAGAUCUUCCUCUGACCCACCGAACAUGCACCCACCAGCGCCCCCAUUACGAGUCACAUCCAACUCUGUCCUCGCACCAGGUGGUCCUCCCCCUUCUAAGCCCAAAGCUGGCAGUAUGAUGGAGGCAAUGAGUAUACAGCCCAAAACCAUUCCUGGUCAGAACAUCAGCUGGGCUACAAGGAAUGGAAGGAAACGUUGUACGCUGUAUGCACAUAAAAAUGUGAAUUUUUAUGUUGUUGGUUGCAGCGCGGAAAAGAGCCCGAACAAAAGCUUGCUGGUGCGCUCGGGAUCCAUCGAGAGACCAGCUAAAGAAGUUCCCGGAUGUCCGCAAAUCACCAUUGGCCAGUCUCUGCCCCCCACCCACAUGUCCAGGAAAACCUACCUGAAGCCAAAGCGUGUGAAGGCCGUGUAUAACUGUGUAGCUGAUAACCCGGAUGAGCUGACCUUUUCCGAGGGAGAAAUCAUUGUGGUAGAUGGUGAGGAGGACCAGGAGUGGUGGCUGGGCCACAUUGAAGGAGAGCCAAUGAGAAGAGGAGCAUUUCCAGUCUCAUUUGUACAUUUCAUCAUGGACUGACGGUUGAUGACAUCACCACCCUUUCGUGCGGCAUCAUCCAUGAGUUUCCUUCACCGGCGAGCUAUUGUGGAUCCCUGGCCCUUACUGCUAUGAUCCAAUGGCUUUACGGUCUCGUAACACCUAAACACAACAUGCAAGUUUGGAGAUUGAGGUUCAUUUUUAUUUGGUUUGUGGACCAGAUACGAUUCCAUAUGAUGUCUGUGUUACUGUGAUGCAAUAAAUGCACUUUUGACUUAUUUGUAACAGUCACAAUGGUGAUGAGAAGAGCUGUUCACACUAAACUCUGAGAUUUGUACACGCAUCUGUCUUGUAUCGGCCACAUUCCAUGUCUGGCAUGGAAUUAUGGAAAAAAAGAAGGAUGUAUAUGUUUGGCUUCGUAUGUAUGACUUCCAAGGACGGCAUUGUAAUGGUGCUAAACCAGAAAUAUGCUAUGAGAGCGCUGUCUUGCCUUUGAGGGGAGCUUCGAUCCCCUCGUUUUCACUACCUGCCCCAGCGCUGCAUAUAUACGUAGGCCUCCUAUUACUCACACCUGGGAAAUGCACUGCUCGAAUGAGAGAAAUCAGCACAAAAGAGGACACAGAGUGACUGUAUUUGUGUUGUGUUGAAGAGUUUUGUGCACCAUGAGGGUCGGUGAAUAUUUGGUGACCUACAGGGAGAUUACAGGAACUAUUAAAGAGCCUCAAGUUAUAGAUAUUUAUUAGUCUGAACUGUCUUCGAUUGAUAUUUUGAUUUUGGAGAGCUAUUUCAUACUUCAUUUAGUGUGCAGGAAUAUACUGAAUGGACUUUUACCUUGAGAGGUAUGUGUGGGUUUCAUUUCUAAACCUAAUCAAUUAUAUUUAACAUAAUUGCCAAGAAUCUUAAAGGAAAACACCACCGUUUUUCAAUAUUUUACUAUGUUCUUACCUCAAUUUGGAUGAAUUAAUACAU